AUGCGAUCUUAUUGUUUUACUUAUGUCCUAAUCGGUAAGCGUUUCUCGCUCGUUUGUUCCCUUUCAUAAAACGGUUAAAGCUUUAUGGUGCAUCCACUUUUCGCAAUGCACUUUGGAACCGAAUUUGUGCGACGAAAAGCGAACGACACAAUGUGACGAGUAUGCAGUGUGCUGUAAACUUGGAGAUGAACAAUAUGGUUUGUGUGUUUGUUUCGACUAGAUUAGCUAUUUGAGUUGACGCAAGUUAGUUACCGUUAAAACUGUAAUACAGUGUUCAAGACAACACAUCUCAGCUAUCAGCAAAGACAUCAAAAAGUUCUUCACUAUGAAAUUUUGUACAUUUAAUUAGUUUUCCACUUUUUGACAUCUUCACAGGUAACGGAGAUAUACAUCGCUUUGAAUCGAGUCCGUUCUAUAACAGGUUCAUUGCAUACUCAUAAAAUUGCGUCCGGGAGCUGUAUUCCCCAGUUACCAACAUAGCAAAAAACAACUUUGUCAUUGGAAUUUAUGAGCAUAUCAAAAUUUGAGGUUGCUGUCCGUUCACAGGCGGAACGUGCUGUCCGGGCCACAGUGCGUGCUGUCCUGCCGGCUUCUCCUGCACAGAUUCGGGCACUUGCCGAAGGGUACGUUUCGAGUAAACUCUCUCCCGCCCACACUCCAAUCUUCAGACACUAGCAACCACCAAGUGA